UCGCCGAUUGAUUGGUUUGCUUCGAACAUCAAUUCACAUUACAGGAGAAAUUUGAAAAUUGGCCACUUAAAUUUAAACGGCAACUACGGCAAGGCGGAGGAGGUUAUAGACUUGCUCAUCGCAUGCCGAUUAGACAUAUUUUUCGUAGCAGAAAGUAAGACCGAUGGUUCUGUUAACAGCUCUUUAUUUGCUCAUUCAGAAGAUCGCAUUAUCCGUAGAGAUCGGAAGAAAGGUGGCGGCGGUAUGCUGGUCUGCAUACGACGGUCUAUUACAGCCCUUCGCCGAGCAAAACUCGAACAAUCCCAGAUGGUGUCGAAACAAUACGUUUAGACGUUAAAGGCUGUGGAAACGCCUGGUUUUUAAUAUGUGCGUGCUAUCGCUCACCCGGCAAAUGCAAGAU